UGGGAAUAUUUGCUAACCUUCGUUGCACUUUCCAGCUCCGCCUUUUUCCCUUUCUUUUUCUUUUUCUUUCGCUCUUCAACCUCGCUUUACCACCUACACCAACCUGAUCAUUCCCUACCAACCAGAAAACCAUAGACAAAAUGGGUGGCGGUAACGGAGCCAAGGCUGCGCAAAAGCGCGAGCGUAACGCUAAGAACGCUGCUGCUGGUCCCAAGUCGCAGCUUAAGACUAACGCUGCUGCCAUGAACAUCAUCUGCCAGACCUGCAGGGCCACCUUCUUGUCGACAUCGCGCGCGAAGGCUCUUGAUGAGCACGCUCAGAACAAGCACAACAAGACGCUGGCGGACUGUUUCCCCGGCUUCGUCGAGCAGCCCAAGAAAUAAAUGCGCAUUAUUUAUGUUCCGUCGAACGAACGAUCUGUGACGAUCCGAUAUCUGAUGUCUGGGAGUUUGGAUACAGAGUAACGGAGCAUCAACAAUGACACAAAGAAAAACUGGACGGGAACCAAGAAGAACGUGCUAAGCAGCACCUGACGGGAGUGAUUUACACAAAUGGCGAUGCAUCAAAGCGGGUGGGAUAAGGCGUAUCAUAAUGGAUUUGACAUUAAUAAAUAGAAGAGGAAACAUACCCCCGAUUUGAUCCGGCCGA